UUCUCGGGUGCAUCUCUCCGCUCAAGGCGAGUCUGCUAGUUCCUGUUAGCAUAAAUCAUUUCACUGGUUAUCCGUUCUUACCAGCGGGUCUUGACUUUGGGCGGAGUCAGCGCUUGGUGUAAUACAGACAGUUACAUGAAGCACAGAACCAGUGAAUUGAAUACACUUACAGAGUCCGCUGUGUGAGCAGUGCAGCCAAGCGUUUAAGAGAUGCAGACGGAGCGUGCAAAAAGGAUGGACUCUGCAGGAGAAGAAGCGUCCCUGAAUUCACCUGAGCUGCCCUGGAACCAGCUCUAUUUGAAGAGAAGGACCAGGAUCCAGUUAAAGAGGAGAGUGCGCUUCACUGGCCCUGCUGCUGCUGCUGUUACCGGGGUAUUGGCAAUCCUCAUACUGGCUGCUGGCAGUGUGAGCAGCGACAGUGAGUUUGUGACAGUCCCGAGCUCAGUGAAGUGUACUGAGGGGCAGGACUGUAUCCUGAGCUGCACCUUCAACUACACAGCUGGAGGCUGGGAUGAGAAGUCAGGUGUGAUCUGGAGAAGAACAGAAACGGGGCGCAUCGUUCACAGUUACCAUGACAACACGGACCAGCUUGCCCAUCAGCUCCCUCAGUAUGUGAGCAGGACCAGCCUGUUUGAUUCUGAGCUGCAGCGCGGGAACGCUUCACUGCUGCUGAGGAGAGUCAGGGAGGGAGAUGCUGGAGAAUACGACUGCUCUGAUUACACUAGACUGUCCGGGUGGGGCCUGACUGAGGUAGUCGUGGUUCCGGCUCCACCCACAGCAGCACCAGCUCCUGUGACAGUCCCGAGCUCUGACUGGAGGGGUUUAGGAGCACUUCUUCCUCUUCUUGCUCUUUGUGUGAUUGCAAGUCUCUGUGUUGGUCUGUGGCUCUAUAAAACACACACAUGUCACAGCUGGAAGUCCAACAAGGCUUCUAGUCCAGCACAGGCAGUGCCGUUAUCAGAUGUGAUCGAGGAGCCCAGUGAAGUCAGACCGCUCCCCUGCACUGCUUAAUUUACCCAGUUUAAUACAAGCUCCCAAAACGAAAUAGUCAGUUUGAAUUAGGAAACGUGUUCAGUGUUGAAGAGAAAUUUUUUAAAUCGCAUUGUUUCCGAGACAACUGAACUAUAAUCUGUACUCUCGUUGUCUUUGCACGAUAUCAGAACAAUCCAGCACAUAGAUACAGUAGUUUAUUCAACAUGACAUUAACCUCUUCAUCUCCAGGAUGCACAUCAAAGGAAAGAGCACUUGCAGUACCACGCCCUGCCUGCGCACAUCAAGGUUUGCCGUCUGUUCUCUGGGGUUUUUAUUUUCAAUCUGAUCUCUUUGUAUUCAUGCUCUGAGGCAGGGUUAGUGUGUGUGUUUUGAAGUCGGGGAGGAGAGAUGGAAAUCAUCAGGUGACUUUAUUAUCCAGUUGCAUUCCGUGCACAAAUCCCUCUUUAUCUGUGAAGACAUUGACAAGAGCUGGAGACGAUCAACGAUCUCAAGUAUAUACAGAGUAUUUCAUUGGAUUAUUUCUGCAGUUUUGCUUGUCUACCUUUAUUUUAUAUUAGUAUUUGAUUGAAAAAAAUAUAUGGCAGCAUACAUGGAUUAUGAGAAGGGGAGCGCUGAAGAGUUUGAGCCGUGUUCGGAGGAUUUCUGAAAGCAGCGACAGCACUUGGAGUAUCUAUUACAGUGCUGGGACAAAAUACUGUGAAGCCAGAAAUACUUGCAACCAAAACAUUUGGUGAAUCACUCCCGUAAAACCUAUUUUACUCCAGAAAUGUGGCGGCCUGUUGCAAUAUACAAAGUAUGUAUUGUCAGUGGAAUUUGAUUUAGUGCCAUUUUUUUUUUCAUACGUGCAAACCGCAUAACAAACACAACUCAGAAAAGCAAUCUAUAUAAAAAAUCAGAAUCAAUUCUACAGUCAACCUCUUUAACCUUCUUUUUAUUAUUUUGUAUUUGUUUUGUUGUAUUAUUAUUAUUAUUUAUUAUGUUUAAAUAUGAAGGUGAAAAGCCGUAGUUGUUUUUGUUUGGCAAGGACGAGCGAGGUGCCGUCCGCCAUGAUGUAUUGUUUUUGUUUUAAAAUACCUUGUGAGAAUGCGUGACUGUCAGCUAGUAAAUUAUUGAAUUAGCUGGCAGUCACGCUUAAUAAUUCUACCCGUGCAGACUGUGGCCGAGCGGUAACGAGAGGAUUAAUAGCCAGUUAACCCCUCGGCCAUGAUAUCAAAGACCUGUUUCUUUGGCUGCAAGGUCUGGGUGUUCGGGAGGAGGAAACGAGCGAACGAGAUGAGAAAGAAACAGUCAUUAAAAUAACCACAGGAUCGGUGAACGCGAUCUGCUCAGCCUGACCUGAGUUUUGUGUUGGUGAUUUGUUUUUCUUUAUCUUUUUUAUUUUGCUCUGUGAGAAGUGUUUUUUUUGUUCAAACCUUUUAUUUUAUUUUUGUGUUUGUUAAAAUAAAACGGCGCGAACGCCUUUGCACGCGG